AUGACCAUGACGUCCAAGAAUGUGGAAGCACCGAGGAUGACACUGAGAACCCCCUCUAUACCAGACGACGAGAAGAGCAGCCCGCAGAUACAACAUGGAGAGGUCGAAGAUGCAGCAAUCGUAGCUGCACUACAAGGCUAUGUGCCAGGUACCGCGGAAGAGAAACGUUUGGUACGAAAGAUUGACUUCGUAUUGCUUCCAAUCCUUUGGUGGAUGUACAUCCUUGCGCAUCUCGACAGGAGCAACAUCGCCAACGCCAACGCGGCGGGUAUGAGCGAGGAUCUUGGACUCUCUGACAACCAGUAUGCAAUGCUUGUAUCACUCUUCUUUGUGGCAUACGUCAUCUUCGAGGUUCCUUCGAACAUGAUACUGAUGAAGGUGAAGCCUUCGAUCUAUUUAUCCACGAUCGUGUGGGUUUGGGGAUGUGUUGUUCUCGGGAUGUCACAAACCAAAAGCGCGACAGGUUUGCUUAUUGGACGCUUCUUUCUCGGAGCUAUCGAGGCGGGGUUGUAUCCAGGCGCGCUGUUCAUUCUUACUUGCUGGUACACGAAGAAAGAAGUCGGCAAGCGCUUUUGCAUUUUUUACACGUCGGGCUGCGUAUCUCCCGCACUGGGUGGCAUCAUGGCAGGCGCAAGUCCGCAAUUACGAUUGUCUGUGGUUUCGGGUGUGAGUAGUCUCCACGUCAAUUACGUUGACGCUGCUGACUGCCUCCUCACAUCAGUGUAUUUCGUUCUUCCCAACUGGCCGAUUGACUCCAAGAUGUUGUCGCCGGAACAGCGCCUUCUUGCUCAUGUCCGCAUUCUCCGCGAUCGGGACGAGUCGUGGGAUACCGAAGAAAAGGCCCUUACGCCACUACAGGCGUUCCUCGCAGUGAUCAGAGAUGGUCGAACCUAUCUUUUUCUGAUCAUCUAUACGGCGAAUUGUUUGGCGCUGACCGUGUCUUACUUCAUUCCAACCAUGCUCAGAGGAAUGGGCUAUACGAGCACUAGUGCCCAGUGGAUGACGGUACCCAUUUGGAGUUGCGGCGCGGUAUUUCAGCUCUUUUGGUCAUGGACUUCGGACAAGACCCAAGACCGAAGAUGGCACAAUGCUGGCCUGCUUGGGUUUGCUGGAAUCGCUGCACUAGUAGCUCUCCUCGUCAGCAAUAAUGCGGUCAAGUAUGCUAUGUUGUGUGUCCAGACUGGCGCGAUGUACACAACAAUACCUCUGAUUCUCAACUGGACCAGCGAAGUUCUGUCUCAGCCAACACGUAAGCGAUCUAUAGCUAUCGCGUUGGUGAACUCGUUUGGUCACACGAGCUACAUUUACGGAAGCUUCCUGUGGCCCAGCGCCGAGGGGCCACGUAACCUAAAGGGAUUUGCCGUGUCAUCUGCCGUCUUGUGGUUUGGCGUCUUGGUGGCUGCAUUGAUGCCAGUGAUCGCGAGUUACCUACCAAAGCCGCAGCCUGACGUAAUGCUGCAUGGACAAGAGUUGUUUGUUGCUGGUGAGGAGAAGCUCGAGAAGCAGGACAAAUGA